UAGCCCAUCAUGCUUUUGAAGUCAGGACUAUUCUUCACCUUGUUUCUGUUUACCCUCCAAGCAAGUCAAAUCAAAGACCUUCGUGACCAAGGUUUUUCUGGACUCAGGGAUGUGAAGUACAGGCAUUUUCUGGAAUCUUCUAGACCAAUCAGACACGCUACAAAUGUCAGAGCGGAGCAGGACGGGCAUCGGCCCAGGAGGUCGGCGGAGCUGUUCACCACAGGGGUCAAAGUGUGUCCCCAGGAGACAAUAAAAGCGGUCAUCGGCAGCCACAGGGCCUAUUACAAGCUCAGAGUUUGUCAGGAAGCCAUCUGGGAAGCUUUUCGGAUCUUCUUGGACCGGGUCCCAAACUCGGAGGAGUACAGAGCGUGGGUUUACACCUGCCAGCAUGAAAACCUCUGCAUGGACGACCUGGCCCAGAACUUCAGCAGCUCUCAGGAGCAUCUGGAGAUGGUGGCCAGAAGAGUGGCUGAGGAGGCUGAAAGCGAAGGGAUUGUCAGUGGAACCCCAGAGCCAGGGAGGGAAUGCACCUGGACACCCGCUCUGAUUCUCCUUCCAACUGAGGCUGACAUGAGCAUAGAGGAUCCUAACAUGUUAAAGGAGAACUAUGAGGAGUACAUCGUAGAGUUCAGCGUCACCAUCGUGGACCCCACGUACAGCAAGCUCCUGCGCGACCCUGAGGCUCUGCAUUACGGCGACGUCACACGAGAGCUCACAGACAAGAUGCUUCAUGUGUUUGAAAAAGUUCCGGGAUUUAAAGAGAUUCGUGUUCUGGGAUUUCGCUCAGAGGAUGUGUCUGUGCGCUACGCUGUGGUCUUUAAUGGAGAAACGGAGCUGAGUGAUGAUCCUGAGGGCCUCGAGGAGUCUGAGACGGAGACAGAUGAGGACGUAAAUGCUCCUAAACUGAAGCACAUCAUUGUAAAGGCCUUAAAACAGGAGCCGUCACUACCGCUGGACAUACAGACACUCAGCUUUGAGGCUGUAACCACAAUCUAUCCAGUUGCUGAGUUUGGCAUCAACCCUGCUGAGGGUGUCGUAUCUGAGGAUGACACCACAAAGACCCCGACAGAGGACAGCACUCCCACUCAAAGUUUCUUCCCCACAGUGGCAGUGAUAGAAAACUCUCUGGAAGCUUCUACAGUCAAACCAGAAACACACACCUUUGUGCCUUUCAUUCCAAACAUCCCCUCAGAAGCCACCUCUGCUGUCACUGAUGAGACUCCUUCAGUGGCAGCAAUAGAAGAAGAGUCUACAGAAGGUUUGGCUGAAGAAGCUGAUGAGAUUAUAAGUUCAGACACAAUACUAGAAGCUACCACAGAGCAGGGAGAAGAGGAAGCAGGGCCAGAGAUGGAGGAGAUGCCAGCAACUGAACAAGACGACGGAGGUGAGGCUGAACCUGAGGAGCAGGCGACGGAGGAACUUGAACCAGCUGAUGGGGUCAGUGAGGAAUAUCCUGAGUCACAGAAUGAGGACCUUCCGCUGGCAGCUCCAGAUGCCCAACCUGAAGAAGUGAUGACUGAUGAACCUCAGGAGGUUAACCUUAUCCCAGAGUCUACAGAUCCUACAGAUACGUACAUAUCUGUCACAGAAGCAGCAGUCCCUGUCUCCACAUCACCAUCUCAUGAGGAUACAGUCCAAGGCAUUGAACCAGAAACAGAUGUGGAGCCAUUGCCAUCCCCUGUGGAGAGUGGUGAAGCCCCAGAAGAUGAAGGGCACAGUGGAGUAACCCUGCUCUCAACGGACCUUCCUACUGAGAACUCAACCAUUCAAGAGGAUGUAGGGCCGAGUCAGAACGGUACUGAGGUGGAAGUGACCGAGCCUCUGGAGGAAGAGAGCGGUAGUGGAUUCCCUUCAGAGUCUGAUGAACACCCAUAUGAAUCCACAGCUGCACCGGCCAUGAGACAAGCCAGCACCCCUCUGAUGGCUGCAGUGGACAAGAGCAAAGAGUUAGUGGUUUUCUUUAGCUUGAGGGUCACUAACAUGAUGUUUUCUGAUGACCUGUUCAACAAGAGCUCCCCGGAGUAUAAAUCACUGGAGAAUACCUUUCUUGAGCUGCUUCUGCCAUAUCUUCAGUCCAACCUGACUGGAUUUAAGCAGUUGGAAAUACUCAACUUCAGGAACGGCAGCGUUGUGGUGAACAGCAGGAUGAAACUGGACAAGCCGGUACCUUACAACGUCACAGAGGCUGUGCACUGUGUGCUGGAAGACUUCUGUGAUGCUGCAUCUAAAAGGCUCGACAUCGAGAUUGACAGUCGGUCGUUAGAAGUAGAACCAGCUGACCAAGCAGACCCCUGUAAAUUCCUGGCUUGCAAUGAGUUUUCACGCUGCGUGGUAAACAGUUGGACCGAUGAGGCGGAGUGUCUGUGUGAUCCGGGCUACAGCAUGGUGGACGGCCUGCCAUGUCAGAGCACCUGCACUUUGCAGCCGAACUACUGUCACAACGGAGGCCAGUGUGAAAUAAUCCCAGGGCACGGAGCCACCUGCAGAUGCCCUGUAGGUAAAUACUGGCAUUACCAUGGAGACCGCUGCAACGAGCUGGUGUCGAUGCCGUUAGAUCCUUCACUAAUUAUAACCUGCCUCGUGGGAAGUCUCUGCCUUGUUUGUGCCGUCAUUGGCAUUUUGAUAUUCAUUAACAAGAAAUGUAUAAAGACCAGAAAGGCUGUAACUUUGGUGCACACCCAUGCUCCCUAUGCCUUUGAGAAUACUUUGAGGGUGAACCCAGUAUUUGAGAAUGAUGAUGGUGUCUUAACUCAAGUCUCCACAUUGCCAUGUCCUUCAAGUUCUGCCUCUUCCCAAUCACAACAGUCUGAGCAAGAGCAUUUUGCCUCAAUUGAAAAUAUACGUCUUAGUAUUGAGAUCCCCAGACAACUCUACACAACAAGAUCAGAAAAGUUAGUUUCAGAAAUGGUGGACUUUCAUCACUGCAUACCACACAAUGAGACAUGGCGACUGCCAAAUGAAUACAGAACAUGUUGUCUUUUAAGGGCAUCAGAUAACGAAUGUUUUGAGGUAACGGUUCUUUGAUGACACCUGAGGAGAAGCUGACAUGGUGACACCGGGUAAAACACAAGGAGUAGGAGACUGAAACUGCUGUUUAACUGUAUAUGGGAUGCAUGUGCAGGUGCAGGUACAGUAGACCAGUGACUGAGAUUAUUUGUUCAUAGUGAUGAAAGUGUCUUGUUAGACAGGGAGCUAUGGAUGUUAAGGUGGACUUAGGUUGUCUUAAAGUGGAACCUAAUAUUUAUUUUAUAUAUUGAAUGGUAGGAACAUUUCCUGUAAACCCUUGGCAAAGGUUGUUCUUUCCUCACAAUGAGGUAUUUAUUAUUAUUUACAAACUGAUACACAUGGUAUCCUCACUUUAGACUGUACAAUAUUGUUUAUUAUAAUACUAUUCUUGAACAUUGUUGUGUCCCAAAAAGAGAAUGAAUGUAUAAACUGUUGACUCUGGUCAUGACAUUUGUGUAUAGAAAUACUGUCUGCUGUGCUGUGCUGUGUGUCAGUUUGUCUCAUUCAAAACAACGUUUCCCACUAAUCAUGUCUUUUGAGAUUUUUUUUUUUGUACACAUUUUACAUUUAAAAGCAAAGAAUAAAAUGUUUUUUUGCAUAAAAAAUGAUGGUGUUUCUUUUGUUUUUGACUGCUAAAAUAUUGCUGGGUAUGUCUAAGUGAGCCAGAUGUGACAAAUUUGUAGGGUAAAAUAGUGUAAAAAGUGUUUGCAGUCAAAUCAAGGACGUGUCCAAUUACUGCUUAGUGGUGUUGGUGACAGUAAAUUCACUGUAACAGCUGACAAUAACUGCACUGCUGCACUGAAUAAGCCUUUAAGUCUGUUUUUAUCCAGCUGAUCACUUAACUGGAGCGAGCCUCCUCAGCUCAGUGAUGACAUCAGCAGUACAUCAGGCUUUGUUGUUUAAUUAAUCUACGCGCUAAUCUUGUUAGUGGUUAUUAGCAUCAGGAUGUCAAAUCCAUUUACAGAGAACUGACCACCAACAA